AUGUUGGAAACGUAUUUGCAGCUUACAGAUGGUCUCAUCACGAAUGUGAUUGGCAAUUUGUGCCCUAUGUGUAAUCGUUUUAGCAACAAGCUGGCAAAAAAUGAUCAGUUUAUCCAACAAUCUUAUUUCAAGGACAAAGAGUUGGCUUUAACACUUACUAUAAAUAAGAUCUCCGAUACCAGUAUCAGUGUCCAUUUUGUGUUGGCAGGGGCCCCUGAGGCACAAGGUGUUACAUUGAACUGGAAAUCGGAAGAGUUGCCGGAUGUAAAGUUGCCAAUUGAUGCUUUGAAUCUUCCCCACAAUGUCAUUACUGACUUUGAAAAUUUUAUGAAGACAAAGAUCGACUUCAACAAGUUGGAAACGUCGCUAGGAGUGGUCGAGAGUACGACGGUAGAUGGUACCAGGACUCAUAUUGAAGCUGCUAAGAAUGAUGCUGGACCAGAGGAAGUGGCAAGUCAUCGUGCGGAAUUUCCACUGGCAGGUUCCAACCUUGCUGGUUCAAUUGGAACGCAAGAAAGACAGAGAAAGAUUCCUGAUAUGCCAGAAUUUGAUGACGAAUAUGAAAUACAACACCCAGCUGGUGCGCCUAGUUCUAGUGCAUUUCCAUCCAUUGGCCAUGGCGAUUUACAUCCGCCAGGCAUUCCCAAAAAUCCGCUGUUGCAACCAUUUCUGGAUCCACUCCAGCCCCAAGGCGACGGAGGAAUGUAUCCCACGCCCAAUCAUCCAUUAUUUGGCAGUCGUCCACAAGGUCCAUCUUCAAGAAGAGGAGUGCCUCCAGGAGCUCGCUUUUGA